CACAGAGAAGGCACUCAGAGGGAUUUCAGUCUCCUCUUAGUGAGCUCUCCUGCUUCAGUCCUCUUUGCUCUUUCUCUGUCUGUGCCCUCCCCUUGAAGAUAACCAUGAGCAUCCGCACCAUCAGCCUCAGUGGUGGCAAAGGUGGCAUGGGAGGUGGAGGUGGCAGAACGAGUUUCUCAAGCUAUUCCGCCUAUGCUGUACCCUCGGGCUCAAGGAUCAGCUCUACUACUGUUCGCCGCUCUGGCUUCGGCCUCGGUGGUGGUGGCGGCGGCGGUGGUGGUGGCUCUACCAUCAGCUACAGCAUGAGCAGCGGAGGAGCCUUGAGUGCAGCAGGUGGAGGAGGUUAUGGAGGUGGCUUUGGCAGUGGAGGUGGCUUUGGCAGUGGAGGUGGCUUUGGCAGUGCAGCUGGCUUUGGAAGUAGAGGUGGCUUUGGCGGUGGCGGUGGGUUUGGCGGUGCCGGUGGGUUUGGCGGUGCCGGUGGGUUUGGCGGUGGCGCUGGGUUUGGCGGUGCCGGUGGGUUUGUGCCACCCCCCAUCACAGCUGUCACUGUCAACUCAAGCCUCCUUCAGCCCCUCAAUCUAGAGAUCGACCCCAACAUCCAGGUCGUCCGCACACAAGAGAAAGAGCAGAUUAAGACACUCAACAACCGCUUCGCUUCCUUCAUCGACAAGGUACGUUUCCUGGAGCAACAGAACAAGAUGCUCGAGACCAAAUGGAGCCUCCUUCAGGAACAGACCACCACCCGCUCCAACAUCGACGCCAUGUUCGAGGCCUACAUUGCCAACCUCCGCAGACAGCUGGACGGUCUUGGAAAUGAGAAGAUGAAGCUGGAGGGAGAGCUGAAGAACAUGCAGGGUCUGGUGGAGGACUUCAAGAACAAAUAUGAGGAUGAAAUCAACAAGCGCGCCUCUGUGGAGAACGAAUUCGUCCUGCUGAAGAAGGAUGUCGAUGGGGCCUACAUGGGCAAGAUUGAGCUUGAGGCUAAAGUUGAUGCCCUUCAGGAUGAGAUCAACUUCCUCAGGGCCAUCUAUGAGGAGGAGCUGCGUGAACUUCAGGGACAAAUCAAGGACACAUCGGUCAUCGUGGAGAUGGACAACAGUCGCAACCUGGACAUGGAUGCCAUUGUGGCCGAGGUCCGCGCUCAGUACGAGGACAUCGCCAACCGCAGCCGUGCCGAGGCCGAGUCGUGGUACAAGCAGAAGUUUGAGGAGAUGCAGUCGUCUGCUGGCCAAUAUGGAGACGACCUCCGCAACACCAAGGCUGAGAUCGCAGAGCUCAACCGCAUGAUCAGCCGACUCCAGAAUGAAAUUGAGGCUGUUAAGGGACAGCGAGCCAACCUGGAGGCUCAGAUUGCAGAGGCAGAGGAGCGAGGAGAGCUGGCAGUGAAGGAUGCCAAACUCCGCAUUAAGGACCUGGAGGAGGCCCUGCAGAGAGCCAAGCAGGACAUGGCACGGCAAGUGCGCGAGUACCAGGAGCUCAUGAACGUCAAACUGGCCCUGGACAUUGAGAUCGCCACUUACAGGAAGCUCCUGGAAGGAGAGGAGACCAGGAUCGCCUCUGGUGGCGGAAGCGCAACCAUCCAUAUUCAGGAGAGCUCCAGUGGUGGUGGUGGUUCUGGAUUCGGUGGUGGUUUCGGCUAUGGUGGCGGCGCUGGUGGAGCUGGCUUUGGCAUGGGUGGCGGCGGUGCUGGAGGUGGCUUUGGCCUGGGUGGCGGCCUGGGUGGCGGCCUUGGCCUGGGUGGCGGCCUGGGUGGCGGCGUCGGCUUUGGCGGCGGUUCCAGUCUCAGCCUGGGUGGAGGGGGAGGUUCAAUGACCAUGACCCGCUCCUCCACAGUACAGCAACGUCGCUUAUAAACACACAAUGUCCCUCCAAACCCCCCCCACCCAACUCUCCGCUCCAUCUUCUACUGAAUAACUUCCACUCAGAACCUGCCACUGAGUAUCUAAGAAUUUCUCAGCAUCCCUUCUCUUCUUCAUCUUCUCACCACACUGAAUGUAUUCCUAGAGUAUCUGCUGACAUGUAUCAAAUAUGUUUACAUGUGUUCAGCACAGAGCAAAGCUACUCAACGCACCACGAGCUCAGUGGAUGCUCUAGGUCUACAGCGUGGGUUUGAUCAGGUCUAGUUCUCUUAGGCUUCUGCUCUUUGUUCUAUGAAAUGCUUCUCCGACAGCUAAAGAGAGAGACAUAGCAAGGAGCUCACCUUCUUUCACUGCCAGCCUGACCAAUGUCUGUUGUUUAGUGUUAGGAAAACUCAAAAAAUGAAGCAAAUUGUUUGGACCAUGGUCACUCCGCUCAGCACUGCCAACAGUUUGCUGCACUUUUUGAAAAGCACUCAUGGUGUAAGAAAAGCUCAGCAAUGUUCUUGAGGAUAGAGCAGCUGUAUGAUCAGCCUCCGAGUUCCCCAGCUUUGCUUCCUGGAUGCGAUGGACUAAGUGGAGAUCUUUGGAACGGCUGUUGCCACAGUCUGCUGUACUCUCUCUGUCUCAAAGGCCGAUUGGCGCAUAAAGAUUUGUGCAAUGUGAUUGACCUGCCACCGCAAAACCUGAAUAAAAGUCAAUUCUGUACACUUAA